AAAAGAAAAAAAAAUAUCCGCAUAAGAUGCGAAAGUCAGAGUGCGGAGCUUAAUACUUGUACAGAGAGAGAGGGAGAGAGAGAGAGAGAGAGAUACGCAAAAGAACAAUAGAAAAUCGAGUGCACAUUAAGCUCAUUCGCUCCCCAAACCCCCCGCAGAUCUACUAUGCCCUUGCAUUCUUUGAUUUGAUCUCUCCCUCUCUCCCUCGCUUUCGUGUUCUCUCGCCCGUCUGAGAAUCAGAAUUCGCAGCCAUGUUUUCCACCAGCAAGAUCAAAUCCGUUGAUUUUUACAGGAAAAUUCCAAGAGAUUUGACAGAGGCGUCAUUAUCAGGUGCAGGAUUAUCCCUAGUAGCAGCACUGUCCAUGAUGUUUUUAUUUGGAAUGGAAUUGAGUAAUUAUUUGACUGUCAGCACAUCUACGACUGUUAUAGUUGAUAAGAGUUCUGAUGGAGACUUCUUACGCAUUGAUUUUAAUAUCAGUUUUCCUGCCCUCUCAUGUGAAUUUGCAUCGGUAGACGUGAGUGAUAUCUUGGGAACAAACAGGUUGAAUAUAACAAAAACAAUUCGCAAGUUUUCGAUAGAUCCAGAUUUAAGACCUACUGGUGCCGAGUUUCACUCAGGACCAAUUUCUCAUUACAUUAAGCAUGGGGAUGAAGUUGAUGAAGAACCUGUUGAUGGCUCUGUCCCACUAACAGCUCAGAAUUUUGAUAAAUAUUCUCAUAUACAUCAGAUUUUGGUUGUAAAUUUUUUUGCUCCUUGGUGCUACUGGAGCAAUCGCCUGAAACCAGCAUGGGAAAAGACGGCCAAAACAAUAAGAGAAAGAUACGAUCCAGAGUUGGAUGGGCGGAUUCUUUUGGGAAAGGUAGAUUGCACUCAGGAACCUGACUUGUGUAGGAGGCAUCAUAUACAAGGCUAUCCAUCAAUUCGCAUUUUUCGUAAAGGAAGUGAUGUUAGGGAUGACCAUGGACACCAUGACCAUGAAUCUUAUUAUGGAGAUCGAGAUGAAGAUAGUUUGGUUAAGACAAUGGAAGCUUUGGUUGCAGCUAUUCCAGUGGAGUCUCAGAAGCCAGCUUUGGAGGGCAAGUCUGCAAAUAUGUCACAGAAUGCUAAAAGACCUGCACCAUUGACAGGGGGAUGUAGAAUUGAAGGAUAUGUGCGAGUUAAAAAGGUUCCAGGAAACCUUGUCAUCUCAGCUCGUUCAGGAGCCCAUUCGUUUGAUCCUAGUCAAAUGAAUAUGUCACACGUCAUAUCCAAUCUUUCUUUUGGCCGGAAGAUUGCACCUAGGGUGAUGAGUGAUGUGAAGCGCUUGAUACCUUAUCUUGGUGGAAGUCAUGACAGGUUGAAUGGGCGACCAUUCAUUAAUCAUCGUGAUUUGGGUGCAAAUGUUACUAUCGAGCAUUAUCUUCAAAUAGUUAAAACGGAGGUGAUAACAAGAGGAUCUCAUAAAUUAGUUGAGGAAUACGAGUACACAGCCCACAGCAGUUUGGCUCAGAGCCUAUACGUACCUGUUACAAAAUUCCAUUUUGAGCUUUCUCCAAUGCAGGUUUUAAUAACUGAGAAUCCAAAGUCCUUUUCACAUUUUAUCACAAAUGUCUGCGCAAUUAUUGGGGGUGUUUUCACGGUUGCUGGAAUCUUGGAUUCCAUUCUGCACAACACCAUUAGAAUGAUGAAGAAAGUAGAGUUGGGUAAAAAUUUUUGAUAGAUAGGUGAGAUUUUAAGCGUAUAAGAAAUUCAGAUUUCCCAGAAACCCAUACACUAGUGACGGACAUUGGCAAUUUAUUCCGCAAUAAAUGUACAAUGAAGCAUGAAGUUGGCUAUUCUAGUUGCCAUCACAGGAAAUGAUUUGGAAGAAGGAAUCUGAGCUUAAUGGUUGCAUGCGAUGCGAUCUUUUUCCUCCCUUUAAUUUUUUCUUUCUAGUUUCUAGUUUCUAGUUUCUACUAAUGUUUAGUUUUAAUUGGUACGGAUGGCGGUGAGUUGGUUGUGGAACGUGGAAAAUGGUAGUGAAAUUACCUUAGCUGGUUGGGCUGCCCCUUGGCUGUGGGGAGACAAAUGUAUUUUUGGUGUAAUGCUAUACGUGCUACAUGUUCUUCAUCCUCAA